AUGUUCAACAUACUUCUUGCUAUACCAAUAUUUUUGAUUGUUGCUAUAGUAUUAUUCUAUUUAAAAAUAAACAAAAAGAACGAUGAGCCAAAAAAAAAUAAUUUUAACAAGUUAGAAGCUUUUCUUCAAGAAGAGACUAAGAAAGAGAAAAAAAAGAACAUUGCCGUAAAAACAAAAAAAAUGAAGUCAAAAAAAGUUGAAAAAAAAGAAGAACCAAAACCAAUUGUCACUCCUUUCACACCUGCUGUUGUUAAAGAAGAAUCUUCUGUAAAAGUUAGUGCUAAUAAAAAAAAUGAUAAGAAAAUUCAGUCAAAUGAAGUUAUAUCAUCAAUUCCAAAUAUACCAGUUGUAGAGAAAACAUGUGUUAUAAAAUCUACUAGUACAGUAGAGAAUAACGGUAAAAAAGGUAAAAAAUCAACUACUAACGAAGAAAAGGUUGUUGAAACAAAAAUUACCGAGAAAACUGUUAGUAAAAUUGAGACUCCUUUAGUGACUGAACAAGAAAAAACAAAACAUAAGAGGUCUGUUGAAUCACCAAUGAAUAAUGUCGAUGAUGCCUUUAAUUUUUUGAUUAGUGUUGAUGGAAUUCCAGAAAAAUGCAUUUUUUUAAUUACUGGUGAACUUGAAAAACUUAGAUCUUCUGUUAGCAAUUGUAACUCUAAAAUUACUUUAAUUGAAAAACAAUUGAAAGAAAAAGAUGUUAUGAUAAAUAAAUUGAAAGAAUGUUCGAAAAAAGAACCUGACAAUGCAAAAAUUCUUGAAAAAUUAUCUGAAAAGAAUGCUGUUAUUGAGAAUUUGAAAGUUAAGCUUGCGGACUAUGAAGAAAAGUACAAUAUUUUAGAUGAUAUUUGUAGAACUCGACUUACUGCGAACGCUGGAAAUGACACAGAAUUAAAUACUCUUAAAGGCAAAAUAUCAACUCUUGAAAAAGAACGUGAUUAUUUAAGAAAUCAAGUUGAUUCUGCAAAAAGUGAAUUUGGAAAACUUAACAAUGACUACAUAAAUAGUGUUAAUGCAUUUAAAGCUCAGUUAGAUAAUUGUAAUCACGAGAUCAAUAGGCUUCACACUGAAUUUUCUUUAGCUACUGAGAAAGGAAAAAAUUUUGAAAGAAUGUAUAUUGAAGCGGAGCAUGCUAAAGCUAGAUUAGUUAAUGAAGUUCAAAUUGUUACCAACGAGUAUAAUCAAACUGAAAGUCAAAUUAAAGAAUUACAAGCUAAAUUAAAUACUUUUAUGUCUAAGGAGAAUGAAAAUCUUCAAAAAAGUGCAAGCGAGACUGAAAAUAUCAAAGCACAGUUUGAAAAUUAUAAGAAUGAAACUGAAAAAAUUAAAGUUGGAUUUGAAACAACUCUUAGUGAAAUGAAGCAUGCUCUAAGUACUUUGGAAAUGGAACUAGAUGAAAAUAAAAAAGAAAAUGAAAGAUUACGUAAUAGUCUUAAUGAACAAGAUAAUCUCCAAGAAAAAAUUAUUUCUUUGACUGAAACUAUUCAAAAACACAAAGAAAAUCACAAUCAGAUUGCUGAGUUUAGUGAAAAAGCUAAAGAGCUAAAAAUUAAAUUGCAAAAUGACAUUGCAGCUAAAGAUCAAGAAACUUCUAGAUUGAAAGAUCUCAAUAAGGAACUUAUUAUUAAAAAUAUUAGUCAGGCUAGAGAACUUCAGGAAUUAAAAAGUGAACUUUCAUCAGUUAAAAAAAAGGAUGAUACUUCUAAAAAUUCUGAAAAAGAAUUAGCAGAAGCUAGCAGACGUUUUAAUGAGGUUGUUAAAAUCAAUGAAAAUAUUAUUGAUGCUGUGAAGAAAGCUGAAGAUAAUUGCCAAAAAGCUAUUGCAAAGACAGAGGCAGAAGCUGAAGCAUCAAUAAAAUGUAUUUUUAAGGCUACAUUUGAUGUGUUGUACAAGUGCAAUAACUCUAUUUCAAAAGCACCAAAAACAUUUGAGCCUUCAUCAUACAAAAAUUGGUUAGAAAAAUCAAUCGAAUCUAUUCAACCACUUAAAAAAGAGGUUGAGGAGGAAAUAUCGAAAAAAGUUACUGAAGAAAGUAAAAUCAAAAAAAUUUUACCUUCAAAUGUAUCUGAUGUUGAUGAGCUUGAGAAAAAAAAUCAAAUUUACAAAUCUGUUUUACUAAAACUUGAGAAAAAAUUAAUUGAUAUUGAAAGAAACAUUUCUGGCUUUGAACAACAACAACACGAGGAGUUUAAGAACAAAAAUAAAUGUUCAUCCCAAAAGCAUUAUGGUUCUCAUACUAUGGCUAAUAAUUACAAGUUACAUAAAAAUGAGGAGUCUGACUGUUCUGUAAAUGGUGUAAAGAAAAAUUUCAUGAAACAAAAAAGUCAAGAAAUUAUUAAUGGAGAUGAAUGGGAAGUUGUUGAAUAA